UCACGAAAUUUCUGAUAGAUUACGAGAACCUGGCCGCGCUGUUGAAAUGGACCGAAGAAGAAAAAAUGGACCACCUGGGGCAACAUGUGUCUUUGAGCCUGGGACGGGACAUAAUGGCCAUCGUAGCCGCAAGCCAAUCCUGGAAGGAAACCCGGGAUGUGAUGAUGAGAAAGUACCUAGCAGCAGAGAAGAUGGCUACGGAGGCCGACUUAGCGGCAGUCCAAAGGAAGAACUUCUCGACGUACAAUGACUUCCUACGGGAGUUUACUCUGGUAGCACUAAGGAUCCCGGGGGUAACGGACCGAAUAAUGAGCAAAUACUUCCUUAGGCAGUUCUCCGAGUUCGACAAAGACAAGAUUAUGUCGGCCUACCAGCAAACGAGUAAGUUCGUAAAUACCAGGGAUGUUGAUUUUAGCACAGUAACGGAUCUGGUCGAGAAAACAGUAGUAACCGAGACAUUGGCCUUGCUUAAGGAAGGGGAGGUCAUAGACCUGACCGGAAGAACAGGCGACAAGGUUAAGAAGGGGAUCGAAAGUCUACAUGAACGGGUGCACGGAGUCGACAACAAGAUUGAAAGGAUGGAGAGCGCACUAUUGGUUAUGCAGGCGCAAGUAUCCCGACCCCCCCUCCCUCCGCAGGUAGCCGUAGUUCCGCCGGGUGUAGCCAAUCGGGGAUUUGGACGAAGAGAUCCGGCUAAUGAGCAGUGCAGAUACUGCACCGCGAUGGGACAUUAUGUGCGCGCAUGUCCAAAACUCAACCAUGAUAUAUUAAAAAGGAGAUGUACCAGGUCGUUAAAAGGGGAGUUAUUCGGACCGCAAGGAGAACGAGUGAAUUGGAACUCGCCACGGGGAAUGCGGCGAGCCAUUAUCAUGCUCAAUGGGCUAGAGAUAGCGGCCGUAGAAGCUGAGCCGGUGGUCGAUAUCAUCUGGGAACAGCUGCGGGGUCGUGGGCCGCAGGUCAACUUCAUUUUGGAAAACGACGAACGUGAUAGGGUGAACCCGACUACUCGGUUAGGAACGGCCGGAAGAAGGAUUAUCCGUGACACCGUGAUAGAGGAGGUUGUUGGGAGUUUCGUACCCCAGGCAGAACCUGAGGCAGAGGAGCCGGAGAAAGUCUAUGGAAAGCCUAGGGAAGAGGAGCCUGCGGACAAGGUUACCGCUACCCCAGGCAGAACCUGAGGCAGAGGAGCCGGAGAAAGUCUAUGGAAAGCCUAGGGAAGAGGACCCUGCGGACAAGGUUACCGCUGCCAAGAAGA